UGUCUACUCUUCACACAAAAGUGACGAUGGAGAAUUUAAAAUCAAGUGUUUUAUUCAUGUGUUUAUGGUCUACGUACCAACAAUUAUUUCCAUCGAUUUUUCAGUACUACAUUGAUUCAAUAUGGUACAAAUUGAAGAAUUACUUCAAUCCGACAAUGUGCGUAAAAUUCGAGGAGUAUCCCGAUGAAGCUCGAUUCAUGCGUAACGAUGCGUUCGCCGCAAUUCAAUCGUAUCUAGGCUCGAGAUCCACCGACCAAGUUCAGCAACUCAAAGGUGAAUUAACUAAAAAGAGUAAAUCCUUUUUAUUUUCCAUGGAUGAUGACGAAGUUGUUCUUGAUUAUUUUAACGGCGUUAAACUUAAAUGGAAGUCCGUUACUAUAAAACCCAACCCUAAAUCCAUAUCUUUAUACAAUUCCGUUACUUCUAAACGGCAAUAUCUUCUCAAAUUUCACCCGAAGCAUAGAGUUCAAGUUCUUGAUCAGUACUUAAACCAUGUGGUCGCCGUUGGAAAGGCGGCGACGGUCAAGAAUCGGAAACGUAAGCUCUACACUAAUAAUCCGAGUGAUAAUUGGUGGGGUUAUAGGCAUAAUCUAUGGAGUCACGUGAUUUUUGAACAUCCGGCGACGUUUGAGACGAUCGCGAUGGAUCCGACAAAGAAGACGACGAUCAUGAACGAUCUCGUAGCCUUUUCGAAAGAAAAAGAUUUUUUUUCGAAAGUUGGCCGGCCGUGGAAGCGUGGUUAUCUUCUGUAUGGACCGCCGGGAACCGGCAAAUCGAGUUUGAUCGCUGCCAUUGCUAAUUACUUGGAUUAUAAUAUUUAUGAUAUUGAGUUGACGGCGGUUAAAGAUAACACUGAGUUAAGGAAGCUUUUGAUUGAUAUUAAUAGUAAGUCUGUCAUUGUUAUUGAAGAUAUUGACUGUUCGCUUAAUCUGACGGGACAAAGAAGUAGCGGAGUAAAAGAUAAGAAUAAUAAUGAUCCGUUGAAGGAUUUGAUUGGCAGUAGCGGCGGAGGCGGCGGCGGUGAUGAGUCUGACUCUGACGAGAAGAAGAAAGGUAGUAAGGUGACUCUGUCAGGUUUAUUAAAUUUCAUUGACGGACUUUGGUCGGCGAGUGGAAGCGAAAGGAUUGUGAUAUUUACGACGAAUCAUAAAGAGAAACUUGAUCCGGCGCUGAUCCGACAGGGGAGAAUGGAUUAUCAUAUAGAGAUGUCGUAUUGUAAACUCGAGGGUUUCAAGAUUCUGGCGCAGAAGUAUUUGAAUAUUGAUUCGCAUGUGUUGUUUGGAAAGAUUGGUGAGUUGCUUGACCGAGUUGAUGUAACUCCGGCGGAGGUGGCGGAGCUUUUGAUGCCGGUUAUUGUACCGGGAAGUGACGUGGAUUGUAUUCUGAAGAGUUUGGUAGAAGCUGUGGAGAAGAAGGGAGAUGAAGUUGCCAAGCAGAAGAAAGCUGAGGAAGAAGCUGAGGGAAAUAAAAGAAAAGCUUUAAAAUAUGUUUUGAAGAAAUUGAAAAAACUUGGAAGAGUUUAGAUUUUUUUUGGUUGAGUUUUUUUGUUUUGUUUUUUUUAUUAGAAUUGGAGGUUAAGA